CUCGUUUUUUUUCUUUCCUUGCGUUAGAUGGCCGCCAUAUUGUGCGACAUGGCAGCAUCAAUGUGAUCGCCGUGCGAGAGCUCGGACUGCCCUCCGUUUUUCUUUUGCGUUUCUUCAGAACGGUCGGCCGUGUGAAGAUUUAGUUUUUAUUUUUAUUCAUUCAUUUUACCCGAGAAGUGCGCGGCUUCUCUGCUGCGGGCCUUCGUCGCUGAGAGAAGUCUGUGUGUGUGUGCCGAUGCGAGAAACUGUGCGCGGCGGCGUCCUCCGAAUUUCCCCUCGUGGACGAUAGCCCCGUAAUGGGUUGCGAGGCGGCAGCAGCAGCAGCGGUGGCGCUAGGCCUAGCGUGUUGCUGCCCCGGACCGGAAAAGUCGCUGGCUCCUCCGCCGUCGUCUGACCGCGCCGCCGCCGGCAUCGUGAACGUCGGCGCCGCCGUCCGCACCGGAUCCGCCGCCAUCGGUGUGUGCAUGUGAGCCGGUGUGUUCGCGUCGCCCCUCCCGCCACCCCGACCCUCCCGAGUGCUUCAUCUCCCAGGAGCCGCUAGACAGUUGUUUCAAACCUGGAUGACGGCUCCGAGGCCACGGCAGAGGCACACGCCUUGGUGGGAUAAUGCUCGUGCGCGAGUCUCCAGCGCUGGAUCGCACCGGUUUGUUGCUGCGACGACCGCGCGAAGGGCGACUGUGGUGAAGAUUCGCCGCCUGCCUAGGUAGGCUCACAGAGGCACAGUAAAGUUGCGCCCCCUCACAGUCGCCAUGUCCAGUGUGCGGACACCUCUGCAGACCGUCCAUGAGUCGGUCACGACCGACCAGGGCCCAAUUUUUAAGUCUCCUAAACUUCCUACGGGAGAGGAGGUGUCGGUGCUUGCGCCACGCACGACGUCGGCGCCGCGCAGCCGCACCUCCGAGGAGCCGCACAUUGGCCGCUACCGACUGCUCAAGACUAUUGGCAAGGGAAACUUUGCUAAGGUCAAGCUGGCCAAGCAUGUGCCCACAGGUAAAGAGGUGGCCAUCAAGAUCAUCGACAAAACCCAGCUGAACCCGUCAAGUCUGCAGAAACUUUUCAGAGAGGUUCGCAUCAUGAAGAUGCUUGACCACCCAAACAUAGUCAAGCUGUACCAGGUAAUCGAGACUGAGAAGACGCUCUAUCUGGUCAUGGAGUAUGCCAGCGGCGGUGAGGUCUUCGACUACCUCGUCGCCCAUGGCCGCAUGAAGGAGAAAGAGGCGCGUGCCAAGUUUCGCCAGAUAGUGUCGGCCGUACAGUACUGUCACCAAAAGCGAAUCAUCCAUCGCGACCUCAAGGCAGAGAACCUGCUCCUGGACGGUGAGAUGAACAUCAAAAUUGCCGACUUUGGCUUCAGCAACGAGUUUGUGCCUGGCAUGAAGCUGGACACAUUCUGCGGCAGCCCACCGUAUGCGGCACCAGAGCUCUUCCAGGGCAAGAAGUAUGAUGGGCCCGAGGUGGAUGUUUGGAGCCUGGGCGUUAUCCUGUACACGCUGGUGAGCGGGUCGUUGCCCUUUGACGGGGCCAACCUGAAGGAACUGCGCGAGCGGGUGCUUCGGGGGAAGUACCGAAUCCCCUUCUACAUGUCCACCGACUGCGAGAACCUCCUCAAGAAAUUCCUUGUCCUCAACCCUGCCAAGCGAGCCACGCUUGAGGUGAUAAUGAAAGACAAAUGGAUGAACAUAGGCUAUGAAGACGAUGAGCUAAAACCCUAUUUGGAGCCUGAGACUGACUUCGGGGACUCCAAAAGGAUAGCUCUGUCUUCCCGCGCAGAGAUCCUGAUGUCUAUGGGAUACAGCCGGGAUGAGAUAGAGGAUUCCCUACGCAACAGGAAAUAUGACGACAUUAUGGCCAACUACCUGUUGCUAGGAAAGCGGACCACUGAGAAUGAGAGCUGUGAUUCGAGGUCUAGUUCCAGCUUAUCCCUUCGGACAUUGAGGCCCAGCGGCGUGGAAGCGGCGGCCGUGCCCUCGGCGCCCAACCAGUCCCCCUCCCACGUCAAGGUGCAGCGCAGUGCCUCGGCCACGGCCAACAAGCCGCACCGCAGGCUCAGCCACGGCGCCACCGAAUCGGGGGCUACCACCCAGGCGGCAACCCCCAGCGCCGGCACCCCGGCGGCUGCAGGAGGGGGAGCAGCUUACAAGCGGCAGAACACAGUGGAUGUACCCCGGGAGAGCCCCGGCUCUCCUCGGGCGGCCCCCAAAACAGCCCUAAAGAAAGCGGGCUCUGGUGGCACCACGGCGCCGCUGGCCUCCUCGGCCACCAACGCGACGAGCAGUCCCUCCAAGGCAGCGGCGCCGGUAGCCGUGCGCAAGGCCCCCAACUCAGCGCCCAACUACAUCAAGGCGAACCUGAGUGGCAUACCCCGGCGCAACACCUACAACUACGCCGAGGCCAAGGCUGGAAGCCCCGCCACCAUCGACGCACCCGCCAGCAACAGCUCACUGCUGGAGGAGGUUGGGGGCGGGGCGACGCCAAUGCGAGCCCGAGGUCACACCAAGUCGGCCUCGGUGUCGUGCACCGGCCGCUCCUCCGACCUGGUGCCUCUCUGCCCUUCUGACCCGCUCAGGCCGCCCAGUGCGGGAGGGGCCAAGAGCGGAGGCGGGGCCGUGCAGGGCAGCCUGGCGGCGUCCCCGCUGCCGUCGCACACGAACCGGCCCUUCCCUAGGGGGACUGUGAACCGCAGCACCUUUCACAGCGGCCAGACGCGCCGCACCUACAAUGGACCGGGCUCGGGCGGCUCGGGCCUGCCCCAACAGUCGCAGGACACGUCCAGCGUCUCGGGACGGCAGUCAUUCUUCAGCAAGCUCUCCUCCAAGUUCAGCAAGAGAACUGAUUUGCCAAACAAUAUUGCUGCCAGCUACAAUGCUACACCACCACCUUUGCCACGAGAGCUUAGGACAAGGACGAUGAACGAGGAGCAAGUUAAGCCCCGGUCACUGCGUUUCACCUGGAGCAUGAAGACGACGUCAUCGAGGGACCCCGCUGAGAUCAUGCAGGAGAUCCGCAAGGUCCUCGACAAGAACAACUGCGACUACGAACAGCGCGAGAAGUUCCUGCUGUUGUGCGUGCAUGGCGACCCCAACACGGACUCGCUCGUCCAGUGGGAGAUAGAGGUGUGCAAGCUGCCGCGGCUGUCGCUCAACGGGGUGCGCUUCAAGCGCAUCUCGGGCACAUCUAUUGGCUUCAAGAACAUUGCCUCCAAGGUGGCCAACGAGCUCAAACUUUAAUGACUCUGUCCACCGCCAUGUGGUAGAAGAAAGAAAAGUUCUGCUGCUGCUGCUGCCGCUGCCACCGCCGCUUUGGGCACGGGGAGCCCUCCUCGUGUGGGCCAUGGUGGUGGUGCUCAACUUGCCUCUUCGCCCCGACCACCGGUGGCACUUGCAACCUGCGGCAAGACAUCCCGCUGCAACGACGUCUAGGUGUACUUUGUGUGCGGGGGCUUGGCCUGGCUCUGUUCCUGCUUGACAUUGAUUGACAUUGAUAUUUUCUUUUUCCAUUUUGUGUUGCACUUGCAAGAAAGGGAUUACGCAUCGCUUGUACCAUUCUUUUUUUUUUUCCUCCUCUUAGUGUUCAGGCUGUUCAUCGGUAAAGGGUGAGGCAGGGAUUUUAAUGUGCUGCAAGCAUGGAUCUGCCGCAUGCUGCAAGACGACAAUGUCGUCUCCUGCUUCUGAGCCUUGGCGGGCUUUCAACGAGCUCUCGUCUUGCUCAGACGGGCACGAAUUGAAGCAGCGUCAUAGCCCUCUUGCCAGGGAGCUGAAGGGCGCCGUUGGCGACGCUCCUCCCAUACGAUAGAGGGAAGGCAUACGUCACAAAAGGACAGGCCUGCUGCACCUGUCCCCUUUUUGUCGAGUGUCACGCUGGCAGAAAGUACUGAACUGUGUUGUACUCCUCACCUGACCCCUUGGCAAGGCUUGCCUCCUCCCAAACCGAUUCCCUGCGUUAACGGACUCGAGGCUGGAUGUGCGUUUAAGUGUGUGCAUGUCAUGACUGAUGUGUGUGUAUGUGCAUUUUUUUUUUUUAACCUAGGCCCACUCUUUUUUUUUUUUUCUCUCUUUUGGGGUGUAUGUGUACAUAAGAAAGCAACGAGGUGGACAUGAGCAUGACUGGCUGUUGUUGUUUGUGAUUGCGUAGCGGCAAUUUCUGGCUCUCCUCUGUGCACACCAAACGAUGCUGCUGGGGGCCUCACACUUCACACACACCGUGAACUUGAAAUAAUGGCCAUUUAAAAGAGUGCUCAGGCCAUAUUCGUAACAGGAACACAGCAGUUGCUUGCCCGAGGUUCUCCCUGCAUGCGCUGCCUCAGUGGUAUUGAGGCCCUAAGGCAGUCAUUUCCCCUCCCCCCCCUUUUUUUUUAUGGUGUUCACAUCAUUCACCUGUUGGGCAGGACACCUACCCCCCCCCCUCGAAAAAAAGAAAACGUAUUGGGAACCUUGGCAGCACUGUAUAGGCACUUGACAAGCUUAUUACAGACAAAGGUUUCUUCCUUCAGCAACCCGUCUCACUGAACGUGACGGCAUGCUAGCCCAGAGAGCAACUUUCAAGGAGGCUUGAAAAUUGCAGCGUUUCGAGAAUUAAGGUGAACAGAUGGCGUGCUGUAUUUUUGUCAUCAGGGGAGGGAGGGGAGUUGCACUACGAGGGAGAAUGCAAACUAGGGAACUAAAUGAUAGGUGCACUCUGCACCCAUUAUCUCAAGGUUACUUAUUUCACUGUGUGCAAAGGCCUGUCAACAUGUCGCGACCGAAAACAUCGGGUGCGCUCGCUUAAUUGCCUUGCUUUUUUUCAAGUCCACCAAGCAGGAAUCGUGCGUGCCGCAAGACUCUAUUCAUUUUGACUAUUGCUUUUGAACUAGCGAAAGCGCGUGCUUGGCUCCGUUUUGCAUUUUUGUUGCCCAUCUUACCGUAUGGUGUAUAGAGCACCACAGCGUCAUUUCAUAACCUUUUCAUCAAGGCCACCGUGUCUUUCCAGCAUCGGCUUGGGGCACGGUGCUUCUUAUCAAGACGAGAAGUGGCAAUGUGCGAUAGGUGGGAACAACUUACUGCUUCAGGUGUUUAAUUAGUAAAGAAGUUAUGAAGCUCACAUCGAAAGCACUCCGUGGCAAGCAGUAUUGAGUUGUUCAUUCACUCCCAACUGAAUGAUUUGGGAAAUUUUCGCCGAGGUCACGCGAAGCAGCACAGGAUGUGCGGAAUGGGUUAUACGUUUCAUUGCUAGGAUUAACUUGUACUUUACCGUAGACACCGAGAGAACGCCGCCCAUAGCUUCUGCCUUGGUUGGCAAACACCCCGUUUUUCCGGCCAGAGGGAGCUGUCACUUUUGUUAGACAUUUACUUAGCUCAAGGAGUCCUAUUCGUUUCUCCCCCACUUCUCUUUUUUUUUCGUCCUUGUGUAUCAAACAAAGUGCACCACUUAAAUGUGUUGGCCGCCGUUAGCCACCUUGUACAUAUGAUCAGCAUUCUUUUUCCCAGACAGCUCCUCCCUGUGUAAAUAGUGGGCAAGAAGACCUCUCUUUUCAAGGGGGAGGUGGGGGGGGGGGGAGGGACGCUACUGCAUUUCGAGUUGGAGUGCAGUUACCAGUGUUGGUGGUGCGAUGAGUUGACAAUUUUUGCUUUCACACACACACACACCAUUGUUUUAGCAAGACAUGGCGCUUUAGUUCUUUUUCUUGUCCUAGUAGGCUGCUGCACGAACUGGACUUGUUGUUUAGCCCUGUUUCUUGCAAAAGAUGCUUUCAGGGCUCUGGCGGCGAACAAGAUGAUGCAGGGUGUACAUAGCUGCUGCCCUGUACGUGUUUCUUGGUGCGGCUGCCAUGGCAAAGUGUGACCAGUGCUAGCAGGUUUCCCAACUUUUUUUUUUUUUCAAGGAAAUUGGUUAUAACUAGUUCAGUGUAAAUAUCUGGAGCUUUCAUAAUUACACAAGUAAGUGCUAGGGAAGUUUCUAGUGUAUAAUUUAUCUAAAAACAAAUAAAGGGUCCUUCAAGUACCUGU